AAAUAUAAUUUACAAAUUACAAAAUGGGUUGCAUGCGAUAUUUGUCGGAGGAACAUUUGAGGGGCUUCGAGCGCUACAAGUACAAUAGCAUAGACACCAGUUGGCUUAGUGUGUAUGUUAUGCAUCUUUGGAAUUACUGUGUAAAGUUCGUUCCCAAAUGGUUGGCCCCCAAUGUCCUUACAUUUGUGGGCUUCCUCAUGACUGUCAUCAACUUUAUCCUGUUGUCCUACUACGAUUGGAAUUUCGAUGCCGCCAAUGACAAGUCGGUGGGCAACACAGUACCCGCCUGGGUGUGGACAGUGGCGGCCAUAAAUAUACUUAUCUACUACAAUUUGGAUGGCAUGGAUGGCAAGCAGGCUCGUAGAACUGGCACGAGUGGACCUCUGGGAGAACUCUUCGAUCAUGGACUGGACUCGUAUUCCGCUGCUCUGAUUCCCAUCUAUAUAUUUUCCCUUUUCGGAACUGUGGAUCUGCCACCGAUUCGAAUGUUUUUCGUUAUUUGGAACGUAUUCCUCAACUUUUAUUUGACGCAUGUGGAAAAGUACAACACGGGAGUUAUGUUCCUGCCCUGGGGCUAUGACUUUACCAUGUGGGGUGUUAGUGGAAUGCUGUUUGUGGCCACGGUCUUUGGUCCUGAGAUGUAUCGUUUCGAAUGGGGCGGGUUUACGGUGGCCAACGUAUUCGAGGUGGUUUUGAUUGGUUCCGGCAUGGUCAGCAGUCACCCCAUUAUAGCCAGAAAUAUUUACCUCUCCUAUAAAAACAAGACUGGAAAAAUGCGUCCCAUGUGGGAGAUGCUGCGUCCCUUCUUCGCCUUCCUUUGGCUCUUUGUGAUCACAACCUUCUGGUCGUUCUUCUCACGGAACAGUGUCAUCAAUAACGAGCCACGUAUCCUGUGGAUACUCUACGGAACCAUAUUCUCCAACAUUGCCUGUCGCCUGAUUGUGGCACAAAUGUCGGACACGCGCUGUGAUGCCUUUAAUGUGUUGAUGUGGCCACUGGUGGCCACAGUGGGUGUCUGCUGUUUCCCCUACUACGAGCUGGUGUUCGAACAGGAUCUCACGGCAGAGGUGGAGGGCUGGAUUGUCCAGGGUCUUACUGUUUUUUGCACCUUAGCUCACUGGCACUAUGGCUACGGUGUGGUUUCUGAAAUGUGCGACCACUUCCAUAUUCGCUGCUUCAAAAUCAAGAAACCUACUGUUAACGGGGAACAAGAACUGCAAGAGGCUCCGGAAGAUGCCAAGCCUACGGAAAAUAUUGAGGAAGUCUAGUUCACUGCAGACCUCCGUCUAUGUGUUGUGUUAUCUAAUUUAACUUGUUUGAAACAAAUUAAAAUUGUGUUUAGAUUAAGCUCAAGAUUGAAUAAAAAAUAUAUAA